AUGUUCUGGAAGCUAGCUUCUCUCUCCGCUUCUUCACCUGUGGAGUCCAUUCUUGACAAAGAGAACUUCACUUUGGAAGAGCUUCUUGACGAGGAAGAAAUUAUUCAAGAAUGCAAAGCUUUGAAUAGCCGACUCAUCAAUUUUCUUAGGGAUAAAGCUCAAGUGGAGCAACUGCUGCGCUAUGUUGUUGAAGAACCUCAGGACGACGCUGAUAGCAAACGUGCUUUCAAGUUUCCAUUCAUCUCUUGCGAGAUAUUUACUUGUGAGAUUGAUGUUAUUCUCAAAACUUUGGUGGAGGACGACAAGAUGAUGGAUUUGCUAUUCGCCUUUUUGCAACCAGAUCGUCCUCAUAGCGCGUUGCUGGCAGGCUAUUUCGGCAAGGUUGUCAUCUGUCUUCUGAUCAGAAAGACUGCAGCACUUAUGAACUAUAUAAAAGGGCAUCAAAAUGUUUUUAGCCAGCUGGUUGAUUUGAUUGGAAUAACAUCCAUCAUGGAGGUAUUGGUUCGCUUAGUUGGGGCUGACGAUCAUGUCUAUCCCAACUUUCUGGAUGUGAUGCGAUAUUUGGCUGAUAGUGAUUUACUUGAGAUGAUCGUGGAGAAACUAAAUCCAUCUAAUCCUCCUGAAGUUCAGGCAAAUGCAGCAGAAACGUUAUGUGCAAUUACUCGAAAUGCACCGUCAGCUUUAGCUACAAAGCUCUCUAGCCCUGGCUUUGUUUCUAGGAUAUUUGGUCAUGCUAUAGAAGAUUCACAUUCAAAAUCUGGUCUAGUUCAUUCACUUACUGUAUGUAUCUCUCUGUUAGAUACGAGGAGAUCCGCUGCUUCAUCACCUUUCUUCAAUUCUUUUAGAAGUCAACAUAUGUUUGAGUCUCCUGACCCAGUGACCCAGGAGACUAUUGGUGCCAUGCUACCUAAACUCGGUGACUUGCUUAUGCUUCUCAGUAUAGCGUCUGACAGCAAAGUAUUACCUACAACAUAUGGAGAGCUGAGGCCGCCUCUUGGAAAGCAUCGUCUAAAGAUUGUGGAAUUCAUUGCGGUUCUGUUGAAAUCUGGAAAUGAAGCUGCUGAACAAGAAUUAGCGAGCUCUGGAACAAUUAAAAGGAUCCUUGAUCUAUUCUUCGAGUACCCAUACAAUAACGCUCUGCAUCACCAAGUGGAGAGUAUAAUACUUUCCUGUUUGGAAAAUAAGAGCAAAAUAAUGGUUAACCAUAUCCUUGAAGAAUGUGAUCUGAUUCGCAAAAUUCUUUCAUCAGACAAAGAUUCAGUUCUUGCCGGUGACAACCUGCCUACCGUAGUUGCCAUUGGGAAAAAACCACCACGGGUUGGAUAUGUUGGACAUAUUACAAGACUAUGGAAUAAACUUGUCCAGUUGAGUGAUAGCAAUAGCCUGAUAAAGGCAUCACUUCAGGGAAACAGUGAAUGGAACGAGUGGCAAAGUAGUGUUCUGCAGAAGCGCAACACUGUUGAGAAUGUGUACAGAUGGGCAUGCGGGCGCCCAACUGCACUACAAGACAGAACAAGGGAUAGCGAUGAAGAAGACAGGGAUUACGAUGUUGCAGCUCUGGCCAAUAAUUUAAGCCAAGCAUUUAACUACAGAAUCUAUGGAAACGACGAUAAUGAAGAGGACAGCAAUGCUCUCGAUAGAGAUGAUAGUGAUGCUUACUUCGAUGAUGAAUCUGCUGAAGUAGUAAUUUCAUCCUUGAGACUCGGAGAUGACCAAGGAAGUUUGCUCACAAAUUCGAACUGGUUCACAUUCCAAGACGACAGAUUCAGCAACACCUCUGACACGACGAUCGAAGACAUGAACUUCGACGAAAACUCAAAUGCCAACAGCAGCAGCAGCGACGACGAGGUUCUCGUUGGAGAAGAAGAAGACGAUGAUCUAACUGAGAAACCAAAGAACAUCUUUGCUGACAAUUUACCAACGGACUCAACAAGCAUCAACACGUCAGGGAACAACGAUGAACCAUCUGCAAUGCAAGUCACUAGCUCCAGUCUUAACCCAUUCAUCGAUGUGCCAAUGYUUGAUGUGAAGACCGAGCCGGUGAUUCCAAACGGUUCACCUACAUCUGGAAACAGGAGCCCGGGGCAGAAAUCGCCAACGGCAGUGCGAGCAUUAUUUGAAGAGGAUGUGGAGUUUGUGGGAGUGGAACCAGAAGGGACAGAGAAAGCAAUGGAGCAAGCUUUGAAAGAAGGGAUAGUAGGUGAAGCUGGACCGUUGAAGCGGAAUAUUGUUCAGAAAGUUGCGGAAAACGAAAACAAAGAGGAGAAUUCGGGAGUGAAAGAGUUCAACGAUGCAAACUUCUGGAGGGUGGAUCAAGAAGUUGCGGUUUUGGAGUGA